AUGGAACCAAAGGUCUUUGACAAAGCAACAGCAGAUGAUGUCGCUCUCGAGCAGCUGGGCUACCAGCAAGAGCUCAAGCGAACAUUCAACCUGGUCAGCAUGAUCGGAUUCUGCUUCUCGAUAGUUUCAAGCUGGACCGCUCUUUCUGGUGUACUCAUCAUCGGAGCCGAGAGUGGUGGCCCACCGGUCAUGAUCUGGUCAUGGGUAGGAGUCUGCGUGUUCACCAUGGCUGUCGCUCUCUCCAUGGCCGAGAUGUGCUCAGCAUACCCUCUUGCCGGCGGUCAGUACUCCUGGGCAGCAAUCCUCGCACCGCGGAGUUGGUCGAAAGGACUAUCCUAUGUAUGCGGAUGGUUCAUGUUAAUCGGUAUCAUCGCCAUGGGUGCUGUUGUCAACUUCAUCGCUUCUGGCUUCAUCCUCGCAAUUGCCGUCCUCAACAACCCCGAGUAUGAGAUUACCCGCUGGCACUCGACUCUGGUGGCAUAUGCAAUUGCCAUUGCAGCCCUCUCACUGAACGUUCUGUGUCCGCAAAUGCUGCACAAGAUGACCAAUUUCUUCUUGAUCUGGAAUAUGGGCUCUUUCUUGAUCAUCUUCAUCACGAUACUGGCUACCAACGACCACAAGCAAACCCCCAGCUUUGUAUUCUCCGAAUUCCAGAAUUUCACCGGUUUCAACAAACCCUACGCCGCAAUUCUUGGUCUUUUACAAUCGGCGUUUGGCAUGUGCUGCUACGACGCACCUGCCCAUAUGACCGAAGAAAUCAACGACGCUAGAAAAGUCGCCCCGAAAGCGAUUAUUCUUUCCGUCUCGCUUGGUGCAGUCACCGGUUUCGCUUUCCUCAUCGCUGCAUGCUUCUGCAUGGGUUCGAUCGAAGGCGUUGCGGAAAGUGCGACUGGCGACCCGAUUGUUCAGAUUUUCUAUGAUUCGACACAAUCUGUUGCUGGUGCUUCGUGCUUGACCUUUUUGAUGGUCAUGAUUCAAUUUUUCUCUGCCAUCUCGUUGCUUGCGGAAGGUGGUCGCGCUGUGUACGCCUUUGCUAGAGAUCGUGGUCUUCCUUUCUCCUCCACCUUGAGCAAAGUCCACCCCAAGAAGCAAGUGCCCAUCUACGGCAUCCUCUUGACCUUCGUGGUGCAAAUUGCUCUAAACUCCAUCUACUUCGGCACCGUGACCGGCUUCAACACCGUCGUCUCCAUCGCCACCGAAGGCUUUUACGUCUCCUACGCCAUACCAAUCCUCCUCCGCGUCAUCGCCCCCCUCACCGCCUCAACCGCCGCAGCAAAAAUGGAAGGUCCGUGGAGUCUAGGUCGCUGGAGUAUGCCCAUCAACAUCAUGGCGUUGGUAUAUCUACUCUUCACAUCCAUCACCUUCAAUUUCCCCAGUAUAAGCCCGGUUGAUUCGGAAAAUAUGAACUACACAUCAGCUGCUGUGGGUGUGGUUAUGGUUAUCGCGAUCAUUACCUGGUUUACUACAGCGAAGAGUCAAUAUACAGUGCCAGGGAUGAUCGAGGAUGUGGUUAUCGAAAGUGCGCCGCAUCGGGAGGUUGAAGAAGAGGCGGAAAUGGUGGGAGAUGAGAAAAAUGCAAAAGCAUCAUACUAGAUCAUGACGACAGGUUUGCAUAACGACUGGUUCAUAGAUAUCGCGAAUCCGAAGUGAG